UGGGGCGGGGGGGGACAGCCGCAGUUACGUCCUCAUGCCGAGCUGACUGUUGGUUUUCUUUGUCUCGGGCUUCGUUUCUCCGCCUCUCGCGCAGGCCCCCCCGGCGGCGCCGCUUCUGUACAUGCGAACUGAGUGGUUAGCAAAAAUCACCCCCGAGCCACGAGUUCAUGGGCCCCGGACUGGCAGCGUCUCUCCUGCAGCGACGUCUUCCGAGGCUCCGGGCGGGGAAAGAGGCGGGCUUUGUGGGGGAGGCGGUGUUUUAGGGGGUCAGGGCCUGGACGCCGGACCCUAGAGGGGAUGGCCUGGGGAAAGAAGCCGCGAGCAGUGGACAGCGGCAAGUUUUCGUAACUCACAUUGAUGUAGCACUUCGGAGGUCUAAAACUGCACUUUUCCCCGGCGUUCUCUCUGGGAUUGAGUAGGGGAAAUUGAGGCUCACGUGGUUACGAGGGUGCAAAGUGUGAGGACAGGGAUUUGGAUCCAGGGCACCUGACUUCUAAUUGUGAGUUGUAUUCACGGGACUGCGGCCCCCAAAAUGUGGGCGCUGUGAAAGGAAGCCAUGGGAAAAAAAGAGCAUGGAAAGUCAAAUUAGGGACAGGUGGUGAAGGAUUGUGACUACCAGGAUAAGGAGUAGGAAUUUUAUCUAGUAGGAAUAAUUAGAAAAUGAUUACAAUCUUUCAGGCAGGAGGUAACAAGAACUUGCACUGAGGUGUUAGUGUUGACACCAAAGAGAAAGGCACUUGUGUGAAAGAUAAUUCUGGGGAGGUAGAAACAACAGAACUUGAUGCCUGAGAAGAGACAGACAGAGAUGACUCCCAGGUUUUUACCCCAUAAGUCUGGAGGUGUGGUGGUUCAGUCAACAAAAAGUAAGGUAAUCAGAAGGAAAUGCAGGUGUUUGAGGGUAAAAGAGGAGUUACUUGGAUUUGGAGUUGUUCAAUUGACAUUUGGAAAUGGGUCAAACAUCCAGAUUAAGAGUUAGUUACAUAGAUAUUGGAUAGUUGAAGUCAGGUGACUUGUGUGCUUGUUAAGUAAAAGUGUAGAGAGAAAAAGGUCUGAGAAAUUAAUUUAAUUCUCAUAACUCCUCGAAUGAAGUAUGGCGUAUUUCAUCUAUAAUUUACAAGUGAUGGAAGUAAGACACAGAAGACUUAUCCAAUUUUGCCAAAUAUAAGAUAGAUAAUUACUGAACAGACAUUAAAAUUAAUGUCCUGCUAUACUAAUUCAGAAUGCUUUUUCCAUAUGGCCUGUUAGUUGCUUUUGGUGAAAUGCCUUAAGAUUUAUCUCAACACCACUUUUUUAAAAUCAUAUUUUAUUGUUAUCUUUUGUUUUUACAUCACCUCUGUUACAAAAUAUAUUCCUUCUCUUUCCCAUAACCAAACCAACCAUUCCUUUUGUAACCAAGCAAAACCAAUGCCAACUGUGUCAGAGCUGCCUGUACUUUGUGGCAUGCUAGUUUAUGGGUUAAAUACUUGUAUAAUGGCAUCAGCUGCUCAGAGGGGUGAGUGGAUCAGCAUCAUUCCUUUUCCCUUAGCUCAGGGGUCUCCCUUCUUACUCUCUCUUUUUCUACCCAGUCUCCACUUUUAUCUGUGGCUAAUCAGUACUAUUCCUUAAGCAUUUUUUGAGCCCUAAAAAAAAUGCUAGUUGGCAUGGAAAUUGUCAGUUGUCUUGGAUCAUACUAUAUUCAUAUUUAUUUGUAAAAGAUUACUUAACUGCCAAGGUGGACUAAGCAACAAAGCUUUUAGCCCCAGUGAAAUGGCUUUGUUUGAGGGAUCUUUUAUCCCAAAGGAAAAGAAAUGGAACUGUGUGAUAUGGUUCCAGACAACAUCUAAAUGAAAUGUUAUUUACUUAAAAAAAAUGUUAUUGAUGCCUUUUUUCUGUCAUAAUUAUUUCAACCCACCCUCCAUAUCGAACCCUUUCUUGUGUCAGAAAAAAUCGAAAAAAUCCAAUUAUAGUAACCACAUCAACAAUUUAUGACAUUCUAUUCUAGUAGACCUCCACCCCUCUGCUUUGAUGGAGAAAGUGUUUCCUUAUCUGUUCUCCAUGACCUUCAUUGAUAUUUUUAGUCAAUCAGUUUGAGUUCCUUUAAGUGAUUUGUUUACACUGUUAUUGUGUAUUAUUCUUUCUCUUACCAUGUGUUUUGUUAUGCAUUCCCAUGUUUCUUCAAAUUCAUCAUUUUUUAUUGCACAGUAAUAUUCCAUUACAGUUCUUAUUCCAUAGUUUUUUCCCAGCCCAAUCAAUGGGCACCUGCUUUAUUUCCAGGUUGGUAUAUAUUGGAUUUUAUUUCUGUCUUUGAUUUUCUUGGAGUAAAUGCCCAGGAGGGGGAUUGCCUUGGGAUGGCAUAGUUAACUGCCAUUGUAUGAAAUAUAUAACUAGUCUGUGUCUUAUAAAUAUCCCUCUGAUCAGUAUUUUUUUGGUGUCUAGAAUCUCAAAAAAUCUGGUUCUAAUCCAAGCAAACAUUCUGUGUGAUGUUCCAGGAUUAAUAUGCAUUGAGAAAACUGUGCUGUGUUAUGGCCUAUUUAGUAUAGGGUUGUCCUUGGAAAACUCUUAAUUCAUUAGCAAUGGAGAUCGAAGUUCAAAUGGUGCUUUAUGAAGAUGAUUCAGUAGAAGUACACUAUAUUGAUGGCUCCAAAUUACAGCUUUCUCCAUGUGGUUCUGAAUUCCUGUUUGAAAAGGCACCUCCUAUUUCAGCACAUCCUUUGCAACAACCAGAAAGAAUUCGUCAAAGGACCCAGUUUGUUAUUAGUAAUUACAGAAAGCAAUUACUACAGGCCCUAGAUUUUAGAAAUUGCUUUUCUAGUCGCCCUUUUUUACCUGAAAGCAUCAUACCUUCUGAAAGAAAGCAGUCUGUUUUCAUUGAUAUCUCAGAAGUCAGGUGGCCUAGUCGUGGUACAAAUGAUGCAGUGAUUUGUAUGGAUGAUGGCACUGUGAAGAUUUCAUCUUUAGAUGGUCAUGCUUAUCUUUGCCUACCAAAACAACAACAUGAAUUUACUAUACAUUUUUUAUGCAAAAUCAGCCAGAGGUCUCACUCACUAAUGGCACUAUCAGAAAAAAAGAAUAAUAGUCUAAAGAAAGUGGAUAAACAGUGUGAAAAAGCAAGCAAAAACUGUAUAUUUAGAAAAACUUCUGACAGACAAAGCUUGACGAAUAAGGAAAAUGAUUUGCACUGCCAAAUCGUCAAAUCCAAGGAAUUAUUAGGAGCAAAUAAUUUUAUAAAUGAAUCCAAAGGGGAAAAGAUGGCAUCUUUGUCUUACAAGAAAUACACCUUUGUGUACACGUGGGUAAAGCAGCACUGGUCUAUGGACUCCUGUCCAGAAGAAUGGAAGUAUCCUGUGUCUUUGGCACUUGACUUUCUUCAGAAAUUUAAUAAACUAUCGAAAGCUGACCAGAAUGUUAAACAGAUCACAGUUUUAGCAUCUGAUAUUUCAAAGGAAGGUGAAGAGGUUUCUGUUCUUCCCAGAGUUCUUCCCCUCAACUGUCAUAAUCCACAUCUGCACAGGUGGAAUUUCUCUAAUUCAUCUUUACAAGAACAAGAAUAUACCUAUCCUGAGCUAGUAAAAGUAGUAUGGUACAAAGGUACAGUAUUUAGACUUUCUCAUGAAACUGUAAACUCGAUAGAAAUUUUUCCUGGUGAUGGAUCCAUUUUCAAAUCAGAAGGAACGUUUUUGGGGAACUAUUUUACAUUCUCUUCAGUGCACAAAGAAUCAGAACAAAGAGAAGAGAAAAUGUAUUCAAUCAGAAACCUUCCUCCUGAUAGACCAGGAAGUCCAUACUCUGUGUGUUCCCUCAUUACACAGGCUACCAGAAUUCUUCAACAUUGUGUCAAAAUUAGACUUUCUUUAAGCCAUAACUAUAAUAUAUGCUGCUGGAAAAUGGUUUCUGGAUCAAAUAAAGGGAAUAUGCCAGUGCUUUUGAGGGAAACACUCAUUCCCAUGAUAGGAAGUUUUUUUGUAUACUCUGAUGAUAAAGUAUUUGCUGUUUUUUUGGAUGGUAUUUCCCUAACCCUAAUUUGGAACUUCAGUUCUUUCUUCAGAAAGAGACAGGUAAAUCAAGGUGUUGCCUUAGGUUGGUGUAAAUUAACUCUUCCAGAUGGACAAGGUCAGUUAAUUCAAAUUGAACAUCCUGGACAAUUUGAAAGAUAUGUGGCAACAGUAAUAGCUUGGUGCAGGAGUCUGACUCAGACUAAUCCACAGGAAAUCUUCACAUAUCCUCCAUCAUCACCCAUUACUGAAGAAAACUGGUCUGUUACUUCUGAACUUGAAAAAAUACAGAAAUUUAACUUUUUAUUGGAGAAUGACAGUGUCCUAAAUCAGAUUUCUGCUAAGAAAAAUGAGCAGUCUUCCGAUAUUUCUAAAUCAAGAUCUUCAGAAGCCUGUAGCUUUUUUGAAGAAGUGAAUAAAAAGAGUGUAUCAGUAGCAUUGAAGAAAACUUCAGAAAUCCUUCAGGAUAUUGAAUCUCUUCUAACCUAUUCCAAAAAGUAAAAAAUAAGUAAUUUUUUUAAAAAUAAAGGUUUUUUAACUACAUCAAAUUUCUUAAAGUUGUAUUCUCUUGGUACAAAUGACUGUCCUCAAGAGAAUUGUCUGUACACGGGAUUAUUAAAAUUGAAUGGAAAAUUUGCUCCUGUUCAUUGCUCAAAUAUGGUGUGAAAAUUUUCUAGUUUAAUGUCACUUUAUUUCACACUGCUUAUAAAUAUUUCUGUAUGAACAUGCUACUUUAAUGUAAGUUAAAUUUGAAAAUGCUUUUUUAAAGUAAUCAUGACCAUCAUAUUGUUUCAAGGAAUAAAGAACUAUUUGAGAAAUCUGAA